ACAAACUACGGCGCGCUUAGUAAGAGCACCCUCUCCGCUCCGAGCGGGAGCUGGAGAUCACGCGGUGGCGAUAUCUCCUUCAAUCUCUAUCUGAUAAGUCGUUGGUUGCUUCUUCUUCUCCCUCAGAUCCCUUCACCCCUCCGCGUUUUUAGUACUCGAAGCCGCUUACUCUCUCUUUUCUCUGUUGCAAGUCCAGGCUUCUCUUCUUUAUUUUUUUCUAUAUAGUAUUCACUUUGAUUUUCGUGAGAAAGAAGCAGUUGUGUCGUGCAAGGAAGCAGAAGAUCGGCUUUUGGGCGUGUUAUAUAGUCAUGUUACUUGUUUUUGGGGAGUUUGAUUUGCAUUUUGAUGAGAUCAGUGAUUGAAUGACGGUUUAGGGUUUGCUCUUUGGAAGUUUCUUUCAGUUGAAUGCUGAUUUAGUUCGGGGGGAAUUUCGGUUUAAUGAGUCUGUGUUGAGUGGAGUUUCGAGGGGUCUAUGGGCUGUUUUUGCUCUAAGGGGAUCGAAGGAGAGAAGUUAGUCAACGGCAGGAGAAACGAGUCAUUGAAGAGAUUGGUGACUUCAUCAGAGAAAGAAGAAGAAGCAGUGGAAAGGGAUGUGGGUGUAAGGUUGAGUCGGGAAUCUAUUGAUGGAGGGAGGGAAAGGCUGAUACCGGAUGCCAAAGAGAAUGGCAUCAACCCGGAUCCUGUACUGCUUGGUAACGGAACCGUGAAAACUGCUACUACGUUCAACAAGAGUAAGAAGGCUGCAGUUCAAGAGAGAUGGGACCGCCAUGAUGGGAGGACAGAACUAGUUGAUCUGGUUUCAGUUAGUGGGGAGGCUAUAGAGAAGCAACAGCAGCAGCAGCAGAAUCUACUGAUCUCCAGUGUGAAAAAUGGGACUAUUGCUGAACAUGUAGCAGCUGGUUGGCCGUUCUGGCUUACUAAGGUUGCUGGGGAAGCAGUGAAAGGGUGGUUGCCUAGGAAACUUGAUUCUUUCAGCAAUAUGGAAAAGAUUGGUCAAGGGACUUAUAGCACUGUUUAUAAAGCUCGUGAUCUUCUAACUGGCAAGAUUGUUGCACUUAAAAAAGUGAGAUUUAUUAAUCUGGAUCCUGAAAGUGUUCAAUUCAUGGCAAGAGAAAUUUAUGUUCUUCGUAGGCUAGAUCAUCCAAAUGUUAUUAAGCUUGAAGGUCUAGUGGCUUCAAAAAUGUCGAAUAGCUUGUGGCUUAUAUUUCAAUAUAUGGAACAUGAUCUAGCUGGACUUGCUAGUAGGCCUGGGAUUAAAUUCAAUCUUUCUCAGGUUAAGUGCUUUAUGCAACAGCUAUUCAAUGGCCUAAACCAUUGCCACAGUAAUGGGGUUUUGCAUCGAGAUAUCAAGGGAGCAAACCUUCUAAUAAAUGAUGAUGGUAUACUUAAAAUAGCAGACUUUGGUUUGGCUACAUUUUUUAGUGAUGAACUAACACACCCUUUAACAAGCCAGGUUGUAACAUUGUGGUAUCAACCUCCUAAACUUCUGUUGGGCACUCAAAAGGAUGGAGUUUCUGUUGAUAUGUGGAGCAGUGGUUGCAUACUUGCGGAGCUACUUUCUGGGAAGCCUAUCAUGCCGGGAAGAACAGAGGUUGAACAGCUGCACAUGAUAUUUAAGCUGUGCGGUUCACCUUCGGAAGAAUACUGGAGGAAGUCGAGGUUGCCACAUGCUACUAUCUUUAAACCUCAACAUCCUUAUAAAAGUAAUAUCCAUCAGGAAUUCAGGCAUUUUCCAUCUCCUGCUGUAGCUCUUUUAGAAAGAUUACUUGCAGUAGAUCCAGCUGAUAGGGGAACAUCUUAUUCUGCCCUCACGAGCGAAUUUUUCACUGUGGAGCCUUUUGCUUGUGAUCCUUCAAGCCUACCUAAGUUUCCUCCUAGCAAGGAGCUUGAUUCUAAGAAACUUCGAGAUGUGGAAGCUGGAAGGCAAAGAGAAGCAACUAAGAAAGGUAAUGGCCUCGAAUCAGGAAGAAAAUUGUUAAAAAAUCCCAACGGAAUGCCAAUUUUGGAUGCCAAUGCAGAAUUGCAGCUCUUGAAUGAAAAUUUUAGAAGCAAAAGUGUUAAGCACAGACCACGGGAAGAUGCAAGCAUGGUUUUUGUGAACGAUCAUCUUAAAGGAAUCGCAGAGAAAGGUUUUGCCCACCCUGGUGGCAAUGUUUUGUCUGCAAGUAAGAACUUCAAAGUGGAUUCACAGCCAGCUGUUCCCGAACUUCCCUCAUCCAGUUUCAGCAAAUUGAAGUCUCAUGUUCCGAGGAACCAGAGAUCUCACUUUAUCAAUGGAGGCGGUGCCAGGUUUUCGGGCUUAUCAGGUCCGCUGGAAACUACGAAGUUUCAUGAUCUUAGAGAGGGGCAUGAUCAAUCCUACCAUUCUGGUGCUGCUUACCAGUUAUUUAAUAGGCGUUCGUCUUCUCAUAGCAGGGAUGAGAGAGGAAGGGAAUCAACAGCAGCCUAUGUGCCCAAGAGAAACAGAAUAAUCUAUUCAGGACCAUUGAUGCCUACCGUUGACAACAUGGAUGAAAUGCUGAAAGAACAUGAGAGACAGAUAGAACAGGCAGUGCGCAAAGCCUGCAUUAAGAGAACAAAUAAUAAGAAAUAUGGCGUUAAUGGCUCCUCUGAAUCCUGCCUCAUGAAUGGCAGAAUUUGAAGAUUUCAGAUUGGUAAAUCUCUUUUCUUCACUAAUUUAUAUCAUUUUACUAUAAAUUAGUUCACAAUUCCCAUCAAGUAAACCACCCCGAAACUUAUUAUUAUUAUUAUUAUUAUUAUUUUAAAUUUUUGUUUCUCUUAUAUGGGAGAGAGGUAAUGAGAUAAAUUGCUGGGUUUUUUUUUUUUUGCAAUUUGGGUUUUUGUUGGAAUGUUAUAGAGGACAUUAUUUAGCUGAAGUAUGUGGGAGGUUUGGAAAGAUUGGCCUUCCCUGCUACAGGCUAGGAAUUGAAUCUAUUUGUUUAAAUGGUAACUUCUGUACAUAAUAUGUAGAGCUCCUUUGCAGUUAUUAAUGCUUUUGGUUUUAUUUUUCGUAUUUGUUGUGGAGAGACUUGGGUUAGAGAAGUUGGAUUGCUGAGGGCCAUCUUAACUGUCGACCGUUCAUAUGCAAUGCGUGGGAGAGCUAACGGGUUGGCAGGGAU